AUGCAAAGGAUGAAAGAUUCAGAGACAAUCAAAGAUUAUGCGGACAAGCUUCUCGGCGUUGCAAACGAGAUAUGUCUUUUUGGCACUGAUAUUCCUGAUUCUCGAAUUGUUCAAAAAAUACUUGGUGAAGAAGAAGAUCUUUUUGUUGUUUCUUGCUUUGCCACUGCAAGAUCAACAAAAAGUUGGCUAAUUGAUAGUGGUUGCACGAACCACAUGACUUACAAUAAAGAAUUAUUCAAAGAUCUUGAUGCAACCUACAACACAAAUGUCAGAAUUGGAAACGGAGCAAAAAUAGUAGUGAAGGACAAAGGAACCAUCGUGAUCGAAGGUUGCACAGGUUUGAAAUUAAUUAUUGAUGUUCUAUACGUUCCUGAAAUUGAUCAAAACUUGUUGAGUGUUGGCCAACUUCUAGAGAAAGGCUAUAAAAUUGAUGAAGAGCAGUUUGUUGUGCACAAGGUUGAAGACAAUAUGCAGGUACAAGGGCUUCCUCAACUGGAAGAGAAAUCAUUCGAUUUCAAAGGACCUAAAAAAACCCCAUCUCUGAAUGACAAGAAAGUAGACCUAGUGGGUGUUAAAGUUGGUGAAAGUCAAAAUGAACCAAAAAAAUUAGAGGAAGAAGAGCAGCUUAAGACAACUCUUUCCGAAGCAGAAGCUGAAAAUGCGGAAAAGCUAAAAGAACAACCACAAGUAGAUGAAGAAGUUGCAGAAGAUUGUAAGGACUUGAAAACUAAGAAAAAAAUUUGA